AUGUUCGCACAGGAUAAUGUAACCCGGUACACGGCGGUAAAACUUUUACUCUUGAUUAACAAAGUUAAUGAGGUUAGUUUCUCCAAACGAAAAGAUACCCGCGGAAAAACAAAAACAAUAUUGUGUAUAAUACAUAAUGACCGGACCUCAUAUACUUUAUAAUUAUACGAUAUUAUGUUAGGGUUUGCGUGUCUAGUGGCUGAACGCUUAAUAAAACGUAAUGAAAACCGAGGACUUAUUGUGCAGGGAAAGUUUGUAAAACAUGACGCGGUGUUAAUAAUAAUAACAGGGAUUAUGUAUAGUGUGCACAGCAGAGACGAUGACGCGACAGAAUGUUGCCGGAGUUGUGAUGGAUUCCAGUGCGACGUGUUUUAUUUAAAAGCCCGGAGAAUCUCUUGUAUACGGUGUGGUCGCGCGCGAGAAGACAAUUAUAAAUUAUUAGUGCAACGCCGGAUGAGUGGUAAUUGAUGGAUAGACCGACGGCAAAGAGGGGGGGGGGGCACGGGACGGGGCGGAGACCUGAAAUCGACAGGAGUGUGUUUAAAAGGGAAAUCAGCGAUUCGAGAACUGCGUUUUUUAUUGUUAUUAUUAAAAUGAAAGAAGCCGGUAGACGUGUACCGUUACAGCGGCCGCAGGAAACAUGAUCGAGUCUAUCCCAACUUCUCACCCGCACAAGUUGGUGCACCCACGUGCGAAGCGUGUCCGUCCUUUUGUUUAUUUUUUCUUUCAUAUACAUUCCGUCCGUGAAAAUUAACAAAAAAAAACAAUGUCAGUCUGUGUUAUAAUUUGUUGUUUAAAGGAUCCGAACGUAAACGCGUGUACAUUUUUUUUUUUUUUUUUUUUUUGACAGUAAACGAUUUAAAUGUUUCAACGACUGCGCGCAUAAUAUUUAUGUAUAUUGUAUACGCUACGAAAAUAAAUGCACGGCUCUGGUCGUUUUUGAGAUUUUAAAUUCUGAAUUCAUCGCGACAAUUCAUCGUAUAAAUAAUAAACUUUUAUUAUCUCCGCAUCAUCUCGGACCACCCCGCACGAAUAAAAAAAAAAAAAAAAAAUGAUACAAUUUUAAUUCUAUUGUCCGCGUCCGGGGUGCGCUGCGGUGUUAAUAAUUCACGAAUACUGUGUAACACGGUAUAACCGCAUAUUAUUACACGAAUUUGUACAUUGUAUUAUAAUUUAUAAUAUUUUAUAUUAUAUUAUUAUGUUGAGAGAUUAUUUAAUGUUACGAGUUUUUUGUAAUCUCCGAGGUUGGGAUCGUAACAUAGUGUGACGCGUAGAACAUAAUAUCGCACACCAUGAUCAUUUUCCUGCUCGACUCCCGAAAUAUAAUCCAAGUGAACGAGUCGAAUUCGUCAUUUAACUCGCGGACUAACGUAUUUUACGUGUUCGAGUCGAAUCCGAGCGGGCGCCAUAUUCAAUGCCCGGGGGCAUCGUAACGAGUCCGAACUGUAAAAAAGGCGCGGGUUAAUAUUUUAACCGUGCAUUCAACGAGCGUGGGGUUUCGGGUUUGAAAUAAGUACAUAAUGCAUAAUUGACUUGGGUAUAGGUUUAGUCAUUAUCAAUAAUAUUAUCACUAUGGCAAUUAGCGGCGUGUUCGGUGUCCGAGACAGAACCGUCGGAUUUGUAAAUUGUGUCAUAUCGUGUAAUGUGUAAAGGAGUUUGGAAAAACGAUAGACGUCCAAUUUACGUAUUUUGGCGAGAACUUAAUUUACUGUAAUUAAAGUUAUAGUUGAAACCGAAUCGCUACGCGCUCGUAUUAUCGAUUACUGGUAAUCAAUUAAUAAGUACGAGCAAUUAUUGUUGAGUGGUUUAUUUACACGUAGCUAUACACGUUCUACACUAUCGUGUAAACCUCCUUUAUAUUAUAAUGGUUCUUUAAGGACAAAUACAUUUUUGUUUUUUUCCGACUAAAAAUUAAAAAACAUUUGAAUUUAAGCAAUUAUAAAUAGUGAAUAAUAGAUGGAUACUAAAAAAAGAACAAGGGUAACCCCUCGGACGUACCUUCCUAAUAUCCCCCUUAACCCGUAAAUACGCAGCCGAAUAAUGAUAAUUUUACAAAAAUCAUAAAUUAAAAUUUAAUAUUAAUAUUUAAGAAUUCGGGAUAGACCAUUUGAUAUUAACGUAUAUAAACUAAAAUUCACGUAAAUGAUUCGUUAUUAUUUCAAACGCACUUGAAGAAUAUACAAAGAAAACAAUUUCUAGAAUUCAAUUUUUUAAACAAAUGUGCAACAAUUCUAAAUAAUUAUUAAAAUAUAUUAAUUUGUGAAAUUUUUAGACAUUUUUAAUCAAAUUCGAAACACAAAUCUAUAUAAUAAGAGUUGUGUUUAAUUUAAUAAUAAAAAAAUAAAAUAGGAGGAAGGCGAUUUUUGGGAGUCAAUCAGAACCGUCACUUCCACGGUGGCCCUUAGGUAACUCUGAAUGUUUUUUAACUAUGAUGUAGAUAGAUCGAAAAAAAUUUGGCGGAAACGAAAAUCUAUAUUUUGUUAUCAUUUUGGCGGAAAUAAUGACCUAGAACGAAAUCAUACUAUUUUUUUUUCUAUCCACCACACACACGAUUCCGUAUACAAAAAGUGUGAUAAUUUUUUUUCCAUAAAUUUUUUCUAUCGCGUAGCCAAUUGAAUAACGGCUCCAACAGUCACCACCAGCAUCUUAUGACAAAGGUUUCAAUAGGCAAUUUGGACUAUAAAUUAUAUUUAUUUUUGUUUUAAAUUUUAAAUUAGGAGUACCUAUGGCUUGUAUGUACUAUUCAUGAUAAAUUAUUUUUUAUGUUGCAGAUAAAUAACAUAUGGUGCAAUUAUGUUUUCUCACUAAGUGUAAGUAAAACCAGAUUCAGCCAGCGGUUGGCCAGUCUGCACUUACGUUUCUGUAUCCUGUGAGUAAAUCAUUCGUCAUUUAUUAUUAUAGCUGUUAUAUAUUAUUUUGUUACAGUGUGUCCGCCAACUGAUAGGUUGCCGUUACUGCGGAUAAGUAUGUUUAGUCUAGGCUGGUCCUUAUUUUUGACGACUGAUCCCCUCUAUAUUGUUACUUGCCGUAUAAAAGUAAUCUGUGUGAAAUUUGGUGAUGAUAACUCACCCCCUUCCCGUGCCCCAAGAGGGUUGAAAACGAGGAAAUAGAAUAGUUUUGUGGUUUUUCGCAACUAAUUAAAUAACUAUAUCACUGAUCAUAAAAUGACAUAAGAAUUUUCGGUAGCUCUUCUCAAUGUCUAAAUAAUUUGCGAAAAACCGCAAAACUAUUCUAUUUCUUCAUUUUCAACCUUUUAAGGAACAAAAUAAGGGGGAUCGGUUAUCAAAAAUAAUAAUGUUCAAAAACAAGGACCACUCUUAAGUUCACAUAUUAUUGUUGGACAAAAAGGAUAAUUUUCUCUAAUUCAAUUAUUACCGGUAAUAAACAACCGUAAUUACUGAUUACAAACACACACGCGCGCGCGCGCGCACACACACACACACACACACAUACUAGCGUACGCCGGUUUUGUCCGGCGAAUCCAACCAUUUUCGGUCGAGCGCUAUACACUGUAGGUACACUGCACGUGCCUUAAUCCCGGUCGGCAAUAAUAAUUUUACAAAAAAACAUAAAAUAAAGUUGUAGUCUAAUUCAAGCUAUUCAAAUUUAAGUUAAUUGAAUUUUCACGUUAACUUUUGACUUGACUCGGUCGAUUAAUAAAACGAUAAUUCACUGGUCAGCUUUUUUUUUCGUUGUCAACUAACUUAACAUAACCGCGCGCCCGAGUCAGUAAUAAUAUUGUAAUCAUUAAUUUACACACGAUCCAAAAUAUUAUCAAAAUAGAUACUAAUAAAUGUAUCGUGUAUAUUAUUAAUAAUUUCCGACGGUACACACAUGGUAUUUAGGUGGGUACGAACUGAUAUUGUAAAGCUUAAAAAAAAGUUUUACUUUUUUUUUACUAGCUAUAGGUAUAUACAUAAAAUAAUGUUACGCGAGUUUCAUAUUUUAUCCCCGGAACAAAGAAACGCCUGUGUGCUUAUCAAUCAAAAAAAAAAAAAAAAACCUCCGCAGACUGGUGUAGAAAAAAACACCGUGUAGGUGAAAAAUAAUAAUAAUAAUCAUACAAUGGCCUAAUGAAAGACGUAAAAUUCAAUACAAUAAUUUAGUCUGGUGUGUGGUGUGUAUAAUACUAAACCUACUGCAGACGCCGCUGAUGUGUAAAGAAACAGUGCGUGGUAUUAUAAUAAAAUAUAAUGACACAGCUUAUAAUAAUAAUACGAAGGCUCGAAUAAUGGAUAAAAAAAAAAAAUAUAGAAAUUGUAAAAAUAAAAGAAAAGCGCAAUGAUAUUAUUAUAUACGGCGUGUUUGUGUUUCACAAGAACUGUAACACCAAAUCGGAUAGACGUGUAGAACGGCCGAGCUGGGCAGUAACUAGUCAAUGUGUUAAAAGUUAAGUUAUCUAAUAGGUACGUUACAUUUUUUUUAUCACUUUCGACAAUAUUAACUUAACUUAAUUGUUUUUUUUUUUUUUUUAAAAAAAUUUAAGUUAUUUACGCAUUUUUUGUGAAAAAAAAAAAAAAAAAANCGACAAUAUUAACUUAACUUAAUUGUUUUUUUUUUUUUUUUUUUAAAAAUUUAAGUUAUUUACGCAUUUUUUGUGAAAAAAAAAAUAAUAAUAAUAUAAGCCCCGCGUAACUGUUUUUGCAUUUAUUUUUCCAUGCAAAUCACGCAUUUUUACGUCUUAUAGGCUAUGGGUCACAUGAGCCUUGUAUAAUAGAAUAAUAUAGUCUGUAUAGUGUAUAUGUCUGGUUGAUAAUAUACCUACGAUUAUUAGUAAAGGAUAAUUUUUAAAUCUUAUAUAAGUUUUGGUAUUCCAGAAAAUGUUUAACUUAACGUACUAGUCACUUAAGUUAUAUUAAACUCUAACUUAGGUUCGUUGUUUUUAUUUUAAGAUAAUUUUUAAACUUAAAACAGUUAAUAAAAUUGUUUAACUUAUUGCCCACUUUUGUAGGACAGAAUGGGUUAUUUUUUAAGAAGGUAAGGGAUAAAAUGCACAUUUUGAGUUGAUAUUCAAAAUGUUAAUCUUUUCGGUGCCCCUCCCGCACGUACGUACCUAUAAUAAAACGCACAUUUCCUUAAACGGAAACGUCGUUUAUUUUUAUUACAGAAUCAGGUUCGAAUAUUCCUUUUUUCAAGCGAUUUUAAUCGAUUCAAUUGCACAUCUCAAACAUAAUCCGAGAUUUAAAAUCUAGUCUAAUAAAAAAAAAAAAAAAAAAAAACGAUUUUUGUCUCUCGAUUAUUGUCACCGUGUAUCUAUGUGCGAUGUAUGAUGUGUGGGCAAUUUUACGAUUAUCGUUAUACAUAUGAUUUUUCUCAUUUCAAAUAAAACAGUUUAGUCACGUUUCUACACUUUUAGAGUCGUGCUUUUUAUAUUUUUUUGAAAAACCGUGAAAACAUCACAUUUUUUUUCAUUAAACCUUAGGUAUUAUAUAUACAAUCGUAUAUAUCUAAGGUAAUUUCUGAGAUGGAAAAAUAAUCCAAAUCGCUUGAACAAAACAAAACAAUUCAAAUUUGAAGCUAAACAUAGCGUAUACGUGUAUUUAUUUAGGAAAACGUGAAUUGUAUUGCAUACGUCACACGAUUCCCGCAUCCUUUCAUAUUCUCCAAUUUAACAACCACUUACACAAACGAAAACGAGAAAAAAAAUGUUGUUUUUCGGUUAAGGUUAUUAUUUUAUCAUUAUGUCUACAGCAUAAUAUUAUAUACCUGUUAUUGUCGCUUACACACAAAUGUAUUCAAAGGACACCGUCCGUUAAUCGUUAGUAAACAAAUAAAUAAAAUAAUGUCUACUUCGGUUCAAGCACCGUUUUUGUAAAAAAAAAAAAAAAAUACCGCAAGCUGACUCCGACCGGCCUGAAGUAUUAUUUCGUACCGCCGUUUGAGUGAAACACACGCUGUAUACAUACCACCGCCGUACACGUUUUUGCCCGUUAUAUUAUUCCGGUACACAGAUAUUUUCUAAGGGUCUUGUUUAACGACGACGACGCGUAUAUACAGUUCGUUCUGUUGUGUUUUUAUACACGACAAAAAUUUCGAUUCAGCUGCAGGUUGUUGUUUUUUCAUUAUUGUCGUGCUUUCUCGUCGCUGACCAUAAUAAUAUGCCAGCUAGGUUAUCGUUUGACCCGCAUUCUCCGUGUGGGGCGAUGACCUUGAGCCCGGAAACACGGUUUUUAUAACGUAUUAUUUUUGUUUCCCCGUCCUCCCGGUAACGUACACUAUCAGAAGACUGUGCUGCGUAUCAUCAUACCUGUCAUCCGUGUAUGCGCGACAAUGUUUUCCGCGCGAUUUCACAGCGACCGAUUUGAAAUAUUCAAUUUUAUUUAUAAAAAAAAAAAAAAAAAAAAAAAAAAAAAGAAACGGGUAUAACAAUAAUAACAAUGUGUUAUUUUGUAUUCUGCCACUGCACAUACGAGCGAAAAUUGCCCGCUGGUUUUUACGGUGAAUUUACAUUUGUAUAUAAUAUUAUAAUAAUAUGUCCCCCGACGCGUAUAGGUGUGAAAAUAUUAUCGUCAACUGUACAUGUAACGUACCUGUACAUUGUACAGUACGGGUACGGUAGUGAAAAAUCGAAUGCAUCCGACGUGUGCUGUAAUGCGAGACCUCGACAGUGCCUGUAUAAUAUAUAACAGCAUCAAGGUCCCAGAUUUUAAUUUUGAAAUAGGUAUCUAGUAUAAUUAUUUUCGAUUCCGAGCGAUUGCAGGCUUUUUAUUUUUCGGCCCAUUCGUGUAUUCAUGGUAUACACAAAACGUAAAAGUAUUACUCGGCCAAUUGGACGCACACGUCUGUAUCGCAAAAUAAUUAUGUUAUUCGAAUCUCAUUGUAUAUCUAUAUUAUUCUUAGUGAUCGGUGAUCAGGGGGGGGCGUUCUUAUGAGGCGAUCCCCACCCCCCGGGAGAAGUGGACUUGCAUUAACAUUUGGCCAUUGGUCCAGAAGUAGAUAUAAUCAAUAUACUUUUUGACAUCGUUUUUUUUUCGUAGCGAUCGUUAAUAUUGAAUUUAAUUAUUUUACCCCCCCCCCCCCAUCUCAUUUCCAAGGUCUGAAGACGCCCGCUCUUGUCAGUGAUCGCAAUAUCACCAUCAAAAUAUUUUCGUAGCAAAAACGCAUAUAUUUUCUCAGCGAUCCACCAUUCGAAUACCAUGAUUUUUUUUCUGCCCCCCCUCCCAUCAUUUUGUGUAUAAUUUGUGUGACCAUUUUGCGAAUUCGUACAACCUUUCUAUAGGGUCCGAAUAACCAUAUUCGUAUCUAGACAUUACAGGGGGAAAAGAGUAAUGAGAAAAUUUUUCUUUACCGCGGGUUUUUGAUUGUGAGCCAAACACUAAUGUCGUACAAAUUCUGGAAACGGCCAUUCAAAUUGAUAUAAACUCCGUAUCAAUUUGAAGGCCAUGAUAAUCGAAUAUAGAAUGCUAAUUUUAUAGUUCUGGUGUUUCGUAACAAUUUAAAUCACAUACAUAAAAAAAUAAUCAAAUAUUUAUAAACUGCAACGUUGUUCACAUAAUAUAGGUACCAAGAAAGUUUCGACUUCUGUAAACAACUCGUAUCACAAUAA